GAGGCGUUUCAUUCGUGGACAAACAGACGCCAGCAUCCUCUGGAAAAAAAUGCAAGGCUGCUCCAAUACUAUGAGAUCAAAAGGACUUGCCUUUGGUCUGCUUUUGCUGAUGUGCGUGAUUCAGCACGUCCAAUUGACACAAGCAGUCAAUGCCUGUGGCCCUGGCGGCGCGUGCGAUUGCUCGGACGGAACUUCCGUCAACUGCAUCGGCAACUCCCUCACAACCAUCCCCAGUGGAAUCCCAGCGACCACAACGCUGCUGACGCUGCAAUCCAACCAGAUCUCUCGGAUUCCCGCAAAUGCAUUCGCAGGGCUGACUGCGAUGCAUACACUAUAUCUACAUCAGAACAAGAUCACCAGCAUUUCCGGGUCUGCAUUCACAGGCCUACCUGUGCUGCAUUCGUUGUAUCUAUCGGACAACCUGCUCACCAGCAUUCCGGCUGACGCAUUCAAAGAUCUCAGUAUGCUGAAUUACUUGGCCUUGGAAAACAAUCCCUUCACCACUUUGCCGCCCGGUCUGUUUCAGGGGCUGCCCUAUGUCAUGUUUGUGAUGAAUCUGGCCCCCAACAACUUUACCUAUGGUGGGAACUCUGUCGCUCCGCCCAGCACAUACGGAAGUGCUUCCGAACCACAUCCGUGUGAUGCAGCCUGUGCCACCUGCUAUGAUGCUGGGUCCGGUGCGUGUUGCGCACUCAAUUGUUUGACCUGCAAUUCAUCCGCUCCCUGCACUCAGUGCUAUGAUGGGUAUGGCAUGACGAGUGGAUCAUGUGAAUUACAACAAGGCGGCGGCGGCGACUCAGCGGCUGUCAUCGCUGCUGUUGUUGCCUCUGUUGCCGGUGUUGCGAUAAUUGCAGCGGUAUUUAUCGUGUUGCGGCGCAGGCGCUCGCAAGGCUUCGUGAAGCGACCGAACGAUUCUGCCGGUCCCGUCUACCAGGAGGCUGUUGAACUGGCAAUUUCUCCUCUGAACCAUCCGACUCAGUCUCCCAAAAACGAUGGCAGUUCAGUUUACGACAACGUCGAUCCAAGGCAGCCACAACCUUUGUACGAAGAUUUCUCAACGCCUUCUUCUACAGAGGGGCUCUACGACAAUGAAAGCCCGUAUGUCACGGGCAGCAAUUCUCGUCGCGUUCGUGAAGGCUUGACCAUUGUCAAGUACCUUGCCAGUGGUAACUUUGGCGAUGUGGCACUGGGUCAAGUGGCGUUCAACGUGCUGCCCCAACGAGCGCAGGCCUUGCUUGGACGUAAAGCGCCGUCUGAAGCCGUGCAAGUCGCAGUCAAGAGUCUCAAGUCCAACGCGGACGAACAAUCCCACAAAGACUUUGAGAGCGAGGCGACAUUGAUGGCUCCGUUCGUGCAUCCGAAUGUCGUGCGUCUACUUGCGGCUCUCGUAGAGUCAGAGCCUCAUCUCGUUCUGCUCGAGUUUGUGCAGUAUGGCGAUUUGCACACGCUGUUGCAAAAGUCCAAAAAGCAGUCGUUCGAGUGGUCUGAGAACGAGCAGGUGCAUGCCAUCCGCCAAAUUGCACUUGGCAUGGAGUAUCUGGGCACGCUCCACUUUGUUCAUCGUGACCUUGCUGCUCGAAACUGCCUUGUUGGCAAGGGGAUGGUGGUCAAGAUUGCCGAUUUCGGGCUUUCUCGCGAACUGACCGAUGAGAACGAUUAUUAUCGCAUGCAAACGCGCGGCAAGCUUCCUGUGAAGUGGAUGGCGCCGGAAUCAAUGACUUUCCGCAAGUUCUCGUCCAUGUCCGAUGUGUGGUCGUUCGGCGUGACCGCCUGGGAAUGCCUCAGUUACGGCGCAAUGCCGUACGGCAACCUCGAGGGGCGAGCGACUUUGGCGCAUGUGGAGGCUGGUGGACGACUGCCUCAGCCGGAGCACUGCUCAGCUGACCUCUUUGGCCUGAUGUUCAGUUGCUGGAACACUAUUCCGGAACUGCGACCAACCUUUACGCAGCUCAUCAAAGGGUUGAAAGGCUUUGAGGAUGGCACGCCCAUCCGCGAAAUUGGAGCGAUGCUGUAAAAGCGCGCCACUGGCCAGUGGGGGCUCGUUUUCUUGUUGUCGCGUACCCCGCCGCCCGAUCGAGCAAUGGUGCUUUGGUGGCUGUAUGACGAGGUUUCCAAGUAAAUUUUCCACGCUGAUGCAUGGCGCUUGCUCCCGGUUCAGAAUACAAAAAGCGCGAGGAA